CGCGGGGCGGCGGCGGCGGCCGAGGGUGGGCGGCGGGGAAGGGCGCGGCGCGGCGCGGCGAUGGAGGAGCCCCUCUGCUGCUGCGAGUACGUGGACCGGCGGGGCCAGAGGAACCACCUGGCGGCGUGCUGCUGCGACUGCGAGGACCUGGACGAGGGCUGCGAGAGGUGGCUGACGUGCAGGUCCCUGCCGCCCGGAGCCCUGGGGAGAAUUGCCGACACCGUGGCGGACCGAGUGCGGGUGCCCUGGUUCGCAGGGGCCGUGAAGAUCAAUGUCAGCCUUGUGCCGCCUCUCCUCCUGCUGCCCGUCUUCCUCCACGUUGCUGCCCUGCACUUCCUGCUGGGGCUGGUCAUCUUGACGUCCCUGCCCGUCGUGGUGCUGUGGUAUUACUACCUCACCCACAGGAGGAAGGAGCGGACUCUCUUCUUCUUGAGCCUGGGGCUCUUCUCCUUGGGGUACAUGUACUAUGUGUUUCUCCAGGAGGUGGUUCCACGAGGCCACGUGGAGUAUUCCCAAGUGGUUGCUCUCACGUGCGGGUUAAUUCUUAUGCUUGCAGCCCUGUCUCGAGCCAAGACAGACCCUGGCUACCUUCCCGUCCCAGCAAGCGGCGAGAAGUCAUUGCACCAGGGUUUGCCUAGCAAGAGUGUUAGAGGGAGCUCCAAUGGGCUCCAUGCGUCAGGAGCUGCCAGCGGCCGUGCUGUGAAUGGCGAGGCUCAGGGCUAUGCCCGGGUGUCCGCUGAGGAGCCAGAAGGUGUGAAAAAGGACUGGUGUGCUAGAUGCCAGCUGGUCAGGCCAGCCCGAGCGGGGCACUGCCGGCUUUGUGGCAGGUGUGUAAGGAGGCUGGACCACCACUGUGUCUGGAUUAACAGCUGUGUAGGGGAGCGGAACCACCAAGCGUUCAUCCUUGCCCUCUCCUUCUUCAUGCUUACCUCUGUGUAUGGGAUUACGCUGACCCUCCACACCGUUUGUGGGGGCCGAACUCCAUUUGUGGCAUUGUUCUACUGCCCCGGGGCCUAUUCUGACUACAGCUCUGCUCUGUCGUUCACCUGUGUGUGGUACUGUGCCAUUGUAACAGCUGGCAUGGGAUACAUCCUCCUUAUCCAGCUGUUGAACAUCAGCUACAACGUGACCGAGAGGGAAGCUCGGCUGGCUCUGCGGGACAACACUGGGCGCAGGCUCCUGGGUGGGUUGGUGAUAGACACUGGCCAGUAUAAUAGGGGGUUCCUAUGCAACUGGGGGCAUUUCUUGAGCCUGGGGUCUUCUUCUCCACAGCGCUCUGCUGAAGACAUUGUGUGACCCCCCCCUCUUUCUGCAGAUGAUGUUGACUGACUUUCUUUAGCAGGGGAAUGGCCCCUCCUACUGUGACUCCCUCUUCCCAUACUCUUCUUCAUGGUUGGUGUAUGGGCUGUGUAUCCCGUCACUGACAACAUCAGAGGCUUUCCCAGGCAGAACAGCUCUUCACGUGCUGCCAGCCAGCAAUAGGAUGCAGAAAGCAGUAAGCCAUAUGCACAAAUCCGAAGAGGAGGAGCCUGCUGCCUUUUUUCCGCUGUGGGGAACUUUGUGCAGCUCGGCUUAUCAGGAAGAAGAGCACAAGGUUUUGAGAACUUGAGUUUUCAUUAUGUGUGAACCCUGACAUCAAGAGGAACCAGCGCUGGACUUCAGAGUGUGCACUGAUUCCUGCAAAGGUUAAGGAAUCCCUGGCUCAUACCUACAUGCAACAUUUCAGAGAUGUCAGGAGGUGAACUUUUGAUAAAGAUGAGAGAUGGAACACUGCAGAAGCGAGGUUCUUUGGCUAAAAGAGACUCUAGGCAGGCGCCGAGCAGCUCCCUCCUCUCUGGGGCGUUUUUAUCUUUAUUAUCUAUCUUCUAUUCCAUCCAGCUGUAUACUUGCUUGUAUUAAGUGCCUUUGUGAGCAACAUUUCUGUAGGGCUUUAUAAGAUUCCUUCACCUCUUGAUCCCUGAAGCUGUUAUUCCAUCCAUGUCUGUCCAACUGGGUGAGAAGACGCUGUCAUCUUCGAUCUCAUCGUUCUUUCUGCUGGGUCUGUGUUGGUUUGAAGGCUUGGCUCAUCUCCAUCGAAGUGUUUCUGCACUGAUUAUGGAUUAUGACAUGAGACAGCAGGUAAAUACACAAAGUGAAAAAGAGAUGUUUUGAAGCAACAUGUAGCAGUGGAUUCUAAGGGAAAAAUAAGUGCAGUCUGGUGUUACAGCAGCUUUAUGGAAAGUAUCUUUCUCCCUUCCUCUGUGAGGAGAAGGGAGUCUGCAGGAGAGUAGACAAUUCUAACAGCAUUUUUGGUUGGUAGCAUCUUGGUCGGUUGUGUUACUAAUAACAUAGUGAUCCUGUCUCCGCUCAACCAAGUCACUGUGGAGCUGCCUGACUGCAGAUCUAUUUUCUCAAGCGAGGAAGUCAAGGAACAGUUCAGCCUCUGCUUUUCCAGGGAUAGAGUGUGUUGGAGCUGGUUUUUGGGGUAGAUGACUUGCACUGGUAGGUGAAUGAAUGUGUUAAAUGUGCUCUGCAGGAAUGCCAUUUGUUCCUCGUCAGCCUGCAACUGUAUUAUUGCCCGGACUUGAGCUUUAGCUGAAAUAACAAGGUUUUGGUGGUGAUUAGGUUUUGGGGGUUUUGGGGGUUUUAUUUUUUGUUGUUGCUUUUUGUUCUAAACUCUUUGUAUAUGUUGUUGGCCCUGCUGUUGUAUGAAAUAUCUGGCUGGAAAAGACUGGGGCCACAGCACAAGAGUUACAGGCCUAAGAUGCAGAAGCAGAGGGAAGAGCCUUGCCCUUGCUCCUGAUGUUUUAGGUGUGUGUGCAGCAUGCACAAAUCAUACCUCCCCUGAUUCCCCUUGCACGGCAGGCAGCUGAGCGUUGUUGGCUGAGUGAUGGAAAUUCACUGUGCACUGCUGUGCAUUAUCUCUGAAGAAUGGAUGGGUGGUGCGUGGUGCCAAACGGCAGCAGGGUUGGGAGUGUCCCUACAGAUCCCUGCUGUAUUGCUCCUGAUUCCGUGUCCCAAUUUCAGGUGAAACCCAUGUCCCUCUUUGUACUGUUUGGUUUCCUUAAGCAGCACUUUCUAUAACCAGCAGAUAAUUGAGGAGCAGCUGCACUUGAAAUGAGGCUGUGUAGAAAGACUUGCUGACUUACUGAGUGUCCCUUAUUUCCCCUUACCCCUUUUUCACCUAGUGAGCAAUCCUUUAUAAGCAAGUAAAGGGGACACCUCUCUUGCUUCCUGCAUCUAACUGAACACACUAAGAUGUUUCUGACCACUUCCCUGGCCCUCAUGUGAAGAAAAAGGCACCAGCUCUACUGUGCUAAGUGUUCCUCUGUGACCUUCUGACUGUGUGGAGCUUGGAGCCAGCCCGUAGGAGUUUAAAUUCAUACAAAGACCUUGUCUUCACAUGAGUUGUCUGUAAAUGCUUCCACGGCACAUACACAUUUUGUGAUGCCUGCUGAGAUGAACCAGAGCUUGGCAACCCUGGAGACAAGGAUGCUGUGGGCUGGCAGGUCUGUCGUCCUCUCAGAUCUCAUCCUGCUGGCACUUGGGAAGAUUAAGGCAGAAUCUGUUGGGCUGAACAAACACCUGCAGUAGAGGUAGCCAACCCUCUGUCCCUGUGAGCUACACGUGCAGAAAUCAGUCAUACACCCAUGAGCUGAAUGAGCUCUGGGAGCAUUUACGGGUUUGAAAUCAGUGGUUUCUCUGGGCUGGGAGAAGGAGCAGAUUGCUUCCCUGGCAGCUCCUGAACAGUGUGCUCACUUUCUCCCACAGGCAGAGACCAGUUACUACUUUGCAGCCUGUCUGUCAGUGUAGGCUUGUCCCUUGUCUGUUAGUGAGCUCUGGCAUGGGGAUUUCAUUUGUACUGUUUACACUGAGACUCACUCAGUGGUGUUCUCCCAGGCAGCGUGGGCUUUGCAGUGCAGUUCAGGGACAAAGGACCUUGGACUAACAUAACCAUUCCACACCCUUUGUCAAGACUGCCCUAGUACAGUGGGGAGAAAUCCUAAAGUAAAUUUGAUUUAUUUUUGCACUUGUUCCAGAAGGAACUGGAACCAUUCAGGACACUAAAAGUGUUGCAAGGCUGGAUUAUAUGUUUUUAGGAGGAGAAUGCAGUGCUAACUCCCUACUGAACAGGAAGUUCAGUGGCUGUAAUCUGCAUAGCAAUGGUGACUUUCUCUUUAAGGACAUGGCUUCUGUUCACAGUCCUGGCUUCUUCCGGAGAGAAUUUACCUUGUGAAUGCCUUGGGAUAUAGGAAACAGAAAGUAACAGGAUAUCUAAAAGGCAUCUAGAAGGGCAGGCGAGCUUCAGAGGCAUACUUUAGAGCUCUCCUUUUAAUAGCUCUGAGAAUUAGCAAGAAGCCUUUUGAAGGGUAACACUCCCCUUUGCACUUAUACAAGGGCAGACUGUUGUGAUCUCUUGUGCACUCAAGGCCAGUUUCUUUUCUGGGUAUGUUCUUGUUGAGCUUGUUACUGACCACACUGGUAGAAACACAUUAAAACCUGGGCAUAAAGAGUCAGUCUUCAGGCUCACUGUGUUAGCAGCUGCCUGGAUCCAUGCUGCCUGGUGUCGAAGCAGGCUGCAUUUGACAGAUGACUUGUGGGUUGCGUGUGUGGCCUUGAGGAAAGGACCAGUGUCUCACCUGUAAAACUGUAUGCAUGUAGCUGUCAGUAGAGAAAGUCUUCCGUCUGUAAGGAGAGGGCCCAGAGAUGGUCAGAAGUAGGGAAGGAUUUUGGUAAUAGCUAGCCUUGUUUCUCCACCCAGACUUGGAGAUUAGUUUACCCUACUUUAACCAUGACCUUUUAAAAAGCAUUUGUUGCUUCACAAAUAGUGUGGAUUUCUGCAGACCAGGGCAACUCUUCAGGAGCCAGGGUUCCGCUGUUGCCACUGUUGUAGUGUUAAACCCUCCAUGUCCAAAUGCCAGUAUCUUACUCUUUGGUGACUAAUACUAAGAACUGUGCACCAUUAGAUACACCCUGUAAAUGAUGGCUUGGCACUCUUUAACUGUCUUCUUACAUUGUGCUUUUUUGUAGGCAAGUCAUAGGUCCCCACGUCGACUGUUUCUCCAUUUAACUUGUCCUCGAAUGACAAAAGUCACUGGUGAGCCUGAGUUGUGCUGCUUGUGACUCCUAAUCACAUUCAGCCUUCAUGCUAAGAUGGUGCUUUUUUUUUUUUUUUAUCCCUUCAAAUUAGGUUGCUUUCAAGUGUCUUAAUGAAACCAUUUGCUGUAAAAUUUCUUCUGAAGAUAAAAUGGAUACUGCCUCACUGCCUAAUGUCUUAAUAAUGUGCUCGGGUUAUUUUUUUUCUUCUAUAUGAAUAUAUAUUGCCUCAUUAGAGCAGGAAGUGUGUGUGAUUAUGGAUGUGUUUCCCCGUAUUGCUUGCAGUGAAGAACGUUACAGUUUCCCAGGAUUUUCCUGUGCUGCUAGAAUGUUUGUACAGCAAAAAUCUUUCUGUGGAUAGGUGAGGUUCUUUCUGAAAUGUGGGAAUUCAGCCUCCCAAGAUCUUAAUUUUAUGGAACUCUAAUGAUAACAUGAAGAAUGCUGGGCUCUGGAAGAACUGUCUACCUUGGAGAGUGGGGUAUUUCAUUUUGGUUUGGUUUGGUUUUUUUUCCACUCUAAGUUUUAGUAAGAAACUUUGUGAAACAUACUUGUGAGCUUUGUUGGGAGGACUGGUGUGUGUGUGUGUGUGUGUUUGUGUCCAUUUUGUGUCGUGUUCAGUGUUUCCAAAUGCAGUUAUGAAUCAAAAUAAAUUACUGGAAAUGA